AUGCCUCGCGACCACUCCAGAUCGCAAUCCCCCGACACUUCAUCCCGCCCCUACCGCGACCGCAGCGACCCCCCAAAACGUAAAUACCACCGCGACGGCGACGCCGAACACCAACACCACUCCCGGAAGAAGCUGCAGCUGCCCAAAAAAGACCACAAGUACCCGUCCGUCAACGAGCUGAAGAAGCGCAUUCGCGAUGCGAAGCGUCUGCUUAACAAGUCUGAUCUGCCGGUCGAGGCGCGGAUCGUGCAGGAGCGCGCGCUGAAGGGGUACGAGCAGGAUUUAGAGGAUGAGACGAAGAGGAGGGAUAGGUCGGCGAUGAUUAAGAAGUAUCAUUUCGUGAGAUUUUUGGACCGCAAAACAGCAACCAAAGAUAUCAAAUCCCUCCAAGCCCAACAAAAGACCCUCGCCGAGUCAUCCAACCCCACAGCAUCAGCAGUCGCCGCCCUCGAACAAGAGCUCUACAUCGCGCAGGUCAACCUCAACUACACCAUCUACUACCCGCUCGCCGAGAAAUACAUCGCUCUGUACGCGACGCAGCAGAAGAAGAAGAAGAUGGGCGAGUCGACGGAUGACGGCGAUACCAGCAAAACUGUGUAUAAGCCGGUGCAUGCUACUGCUGCGGAGAAGCCGCCUAUGUGGCAUGUUGUGGAGAAGUGUAUGAAGGAGGGGACGCUGGAUCGGUUGCGGGAGGGGAAGUUGGGGGCGGAUGGGUCGUCUGCGAGGGUGGAGAAGGAGGGGAGGAAGGAGAAGGAGACGAAGGGGAAGAAGGAGAAGAAGGAGGGUGCUUCUGGGAAGGCUGCGGAUAGGGCUGGGUCUAGGAGGCGUGAUGUCCCUGUCCCUGUUGUUCCUGAGGAGCAGGACGAGGAGAGUGAUGGUGGGUUCUUUGAAUGA